AUGUACUGCUUGACCGAUCCAUACUGCUGGCUGGACUCCAAUAUGACGCGCCCUCCACAAAGACCCAUCAAGCGACUUCUUAUCGCGAAUAGGGGAGAGAUAGCAACACGAAUUAUCUCUUCAGCGCGAGAACUCGACAUUGAGACGUUUGCAAUAUACGUAUCAGGCGACGACUCGCAUGCCGUCCGGGCAAACCAUGCGAUCAAACUAUCAUCAGCUUCAUCCUUCAUGAGCAUUGAUGGUCUUGUCGGCAUCGUCAAGGAGCACCAAAUCGAUGCUGUACAUCCAGGAUAUGGCUUUCUGUCAGAGUCAGAAGAAUUCUCGAAGAGAAUCUGGGAAGAAACCGGCGCAGUAGUUGUCGGCCCUGGGUGGGGUAUCUUGAGUAAUACUGGAGAUAAACUCAAGGCGAGAGAGCUUGCCCAACAAUGCGACGUUCCAGUAUCUCCAGCACUCCAGCAACCGACUAACAAAGUUCAAGACGUCCAGCGCUUCGCAUCUGAAGUCGGCUUUCCAAUCAUGGUCAAAGCAGUAGAUGGAGGGGGUGGCCGCGGUAUUCGUCUCAUUCGCAGCGAAGACCAGCUUACUUCUUUAGUGAAAAGAGCAGUCGAAGAAAGCCCGUCCAAGCAAGUCUUUGCAGAAAAGGCUGCAGUCGAUGGCUUCCGGCAUGUCGAAGUACAGAUCAUCGGGGACGGUACCGGAAACGUAACGCAUCUCUGGGAACGCGAAUGCAGCAUUCAGAGAAGAUAUCAGAAGAUUGUUGAGCUUGCGCCCAGCGCUGUGCCUGACCGGAAGCUGAUCGCGAAGGUCAUCGAAAAUGCUUUGAAAAUGGCGAAACAUAUACAAUAUUUCUCUCUCGGCACCUUUGAGUUUCUCGUGAAUCCAUCAACGAAAGAGUACUACUUUUUGGAGGUCAACCCUCGCUUACAAGUCGAGCACACGAUCACGGAGUCCAUCUCUAUGACUGAUAUCGUCAAGGCACAGCUACUACUCUCCCAGGGUGCAUCUCUGAAUGACUGCGGUCUACCAACAGCGGAACGAGAUCCGGAAAUGCCUCCUCCAGCGCAUUCAGUUCAACUACGUAUUACAGCGGAGAAUGUUCAGACUGAUUGGUCAUUAUCGAUUGGCAAGAUCACCUCUUCUCAGUUCCCUUCCGGAAACGGCAUUCGGGUUGACACGCAUCUCACCAGCGGUCGACCCGCCGUAGUAUCUGCAGAUUUCGACAGUCUGAUCGCAAAGGUCGUUGUAACGGCGUCAUCGUGGAAGGACACCGUUCGAAAAGUACAACGAGCGUUGGAUGAUACGCAGAUCGCAGGAAUAAAGACGAACCUCGACAUGUUAAAAGCCAUAGCCGCGCAUCCAGAUUUCGUGCACGGAAAAUGCGACACGCAAUGGCUAGAAAGCAAACAAACCGAGCUCCUCCGAUCAAGCCAAAAUAUCGCUCCAGCCAGCCCGAACACUUUAAACUCAGACAUCUCGCUAUCCUCCUCGACAGCCUCAGUCUCAACAGCCAACACCCUAUUCCGAAAAGGCGACGCCUGGUCCAUUUCCAUCUCUUCUCCUACCACCAAAGCUAACGAGAAAUCACCACCCCAUCACCUCGAACUAACCCGUGUUCUCCGAAACGACUUCCCCACCUCCCUCAGCGCAGAACUCCUUUUCACCACGCCCUCAACAGCUUCAUCUACCACGCCCCAAACAACACCCUACACCAUAACCCUCUCUUCAACUUCCGCCAGUGCAUCGGCCGCAACGUCGCACCACAGGCGAGGGAACCCGAGUGAUCCUUCGCACAUCAGUAUCCCAUUCCCGGGAAAGCUGGUAGAAGUGUUAGUUGACGAGGGCGAUGUGGUGAAAGAAGGAGACGUGAUAUGCGUGGUCCAGCAAAUGAAGAUGGAACUAGAGGUACGCAGUCCACGUAGUGGACGCGUGACUUGGGUUACGGAAGCGGAGGAUGGGGAAGAUGUCGCUGAGGGGGUGUUAGCUGCUAUCGUUGAAAGCUCUCAGGAAACGCGUCUUUGA